AUGGCCAGCGCAUUUCCGGAGCUGCCCAGAAUUCAAGGACGACGAGGUGCUGACUUCCUGAAACCCAAAGAGGAGAUUGAGGUGCCAGCGCCCAGUGAUAAGCCUCCAGAAGAAGAGGCGCGGCACUUCGUGGUCUGCAAAAAGCCGCUGCCACUGGGUGAGCCGCGUGCCUGCGAAAUGGAAGGCUACGAGGCCUGCGAGGACAAGUGCAAAGAACACUUCCAUGAAGACAAGACCUGUUAUGAGACCUGCAUCAGUCACUGCGUCAUUGGUAGGAACAAACUGAAGGAGAUGCGAGUCGAGCCCAACUGCUAUGCCGAAAAAGUGGCCCCAGGUGACUUGGCCAACCCGCAGCCAAAGGAGCCGGAGGUCUAUGAUGAAAUCUACAAGGUGAUUGAUGUGAACAUGAGGGCCAAGAUCCCAAGCCCAGCCACCGCCGCUACCGCCUUCAAUCUGUCCUUUUCUUUGCUGUGCUAUAGUUUCCAACUUGUCUUCAGCGUGGAUGUGGCAGUUGGAAGUGAUGGAGAAAUUCGUGGACUCAUCCGGGUGGAGUCUCAGAAGGAUCCCGAUGGCUUCUCCUCCAUCGAGGAGGUGCCGAUGACCAGCGACACCUGGCCAGACGGCACCUGGAACAGGGCCGACGACCACUGUCGAGCCAAGGGGAAGAAGCUUUGCGACUACAAGAAGGUGUGCCCUAAGGGCCGUUCACACGAUCCUGCCAUUCCUGGCGGUCAAAAGAAAUAUGAGAUGUGGACGCCAGUGCGAAAUGCAGAAGAUCCCAACAAUCCCGUGGAAUGGGUGCAGGUGGGAACGCGACAGAAGGGUGACCUGUGCUGUCUGAUCUCCAGCGAUUGCCAUGGCCGCGUGAAGAACUUCCAGGGCUGGGGACAGGUGAAGAGCUUCAAUGGCUUCAUCUAUUGUUGCGACAAUGACCUUCCAGGGGGCUUGCAAGAGCUUCAGUUGACCAGCCAGCACUGGAACGGCUCCUGGGCGGAGGCCGCCAGCGUUUGCGAGACGAAGGGAAUGAAGUUGGCGCGCUGGGCAGAUCUGUGCCCCAAAGGCAGUGGCAAAACCUCCUCAGUACCACAACUUGGCAAGGAUAUGUGGACGCCCGUGGUGAACACCGGGGAUCAGAACAACAGUAUCCAGUGGGUACAGGUAGGUCUGCGGCUGGAGGGUGACAUCUGCAAGCUCAUCAGCGAUGUGCCGGGCCAUAGCGAGAACUUCCGUGGCUGGGGCGAGUUGAGACCGUACACUGAAUACAUCUACUGCAGGUCCAACAACAGCCUUGCUGAAGAUCCCAAAUCCUGGUCCCUAAAAACCUCUGUUUGGCUCCAUUGGAUUCCAUUGACCCUCUUAGCGAUGCACUGA